AUGACAUUAAAUUACACAGGAGUAUCAAUGUUCAUAAUAAUUGGAUUCCCAGGUAACAAGAAUGUGCAGGUUUUGUAUUUCAUCAUCUUCCUCCUCAUCUAUCUACUUACCCUUUUGGGUAACAUCACCCUGCUAUUCAUACUAAAGGCAGAGCCAAGUCUCCAUACACCUAUGUACUUCUUCCUGAGCAACCUUGCUGUCCUGGAAAUUGGAUACACCUCAGUCACUGUCCCCAAACUCCUGGCAAUCUCCUUAGGAAGAGCAAAGUCUAUUUCUUUCACAGCAUGCCUAGUGCAGACAUAUUUCUUCUUCUUCCUGGGUUCCACAGAGUGCUUCUUACUUGCAGUCAUGGCAUAUGACCGUUAUCUGGCUAUCUGCAAUCCUCUGCGAUACUCAACACUCAUGUGCAACAGAGUCUGUGUCUUCUUAGCUUUAGGAGCCUGGAUUACUGGUUUCCUAAAUCCUUGCCCACCUGUCAUCAUGUUUAGCAGGCUGCAUUUCUGUGCCAACAUUAUCAAUCAUUUCUUCUGUGAUAUCCCACCUCUGCUCAGCCUCUCCUGUGGCAAUACGUCUGUUCUUAGAAUGACCAUAUUUAUUAACUCAACUUGCAUUGGGUUUGGCACGUUCCUGUUGACCAUGCUUUCUUAUGCUUGCAUCCUGGCCACUCUCCUAAGGAUGUCCUCAGCUACGGGUCGACAGAAGGCAUUCUCUACCUGUUCCGCCCAUCUAAUCGUAGUCUUGCUCAUGUAUGGAACAGUGAUCUUCAUGUAUGUGACUCCUGCUGCCCAGCAGUCAACAGAAAUUAACAAGAUGGUCUCUUUUAUCUACAGUGUGGUGACCCCCAUGCUCAAUCCAAUUGUCUACAGCUUGAGAAAUGAAGAUGUCAAAAGGGCUUUGAGAAGAAUGAUGCUAAGGAAAUUGUGUCCUGGAAGUCAAAGUUCUUAA